AAACAAAAUAAGUAACAUUAACUUUUCUUCCUUUUACAUUUUAACCUAAUGAAUCGGACUAUAUAAAUGCCUUCUUGCCAAAGAUUUCAUUACCCAAUUCACACAACAAAGACUCAAACUCAAGAUUCUCUCUCUCUCUUAAUGGCUCUACGCAGAGCAAUCACUAAACGUCUCAUUGACAGUUACAGAUCCGAUGUAACACAACAACACUCAUUUUUCAGACAACUCUCACCAUAUAAGAUGAAGAUCUAUCGUCAGUACAUGACCUCACCGAAUGGUCCGAAUCUUACAGACCGGAUUGUCGGGAUCCACAUCGAGUCCGUUGCUCCUCCCAAACGGGAGGAAACGGCCGUGAAGGGUUUAUCGGUGAGUGAGACAAAGAAGUUGUUGAGGAUAUAUCAAAUGGAGAAGGUGAAAGCGAGACUCAGAGAGAUUCCUAAAAGCUCAGUUUCUUAUUGGGAAUUUGUUCAGAUCUGUUGUGAGAGCUGUGGGAACGACGAGCAAGGUUCUGAAAUGGCUAACUCUUUGGAUCAUUCGGGAUGCGUCGUCGUUUUAGGAGAUAUAGUAUUUCUUCAUCCCCAUCAGAUAGCCAAAUCUAUGGAGGCAAUGAUCAAGCAAACAUCAAUACUUCCAAACGAUCCAAGGAAAGAAGAGUUAGUUCUGCUUGAGACUACAAAGAAGUGUAUUGACAUAGAGGCCCAACGCAUAGUAAAGGCUGAGUUAUAUUGCGGUCUCGGUUUCCUAGCUGUGCAAACUAUAUGUUUUAUGCGUCUUACCUUUUGGGAACUAAGCUGGGAUGUAAUGGAACCCAUAUGCUUCUUUGUUACAUCCAUUCAUUUCAUCCUCGGUUACCUCUUUUUUCUUCGGACAUCCACGGAACCAUCCUUCGAAGGUCUUUUUCGACAACGGUUUAAGACCAAACAGAAGAAGCUUAUGGAGAGGCAUGGGUUUGAUUUUCUGAGGUACAAUGAGCUCAACUCCUUGUUCAUACCAUUUCCGUGUAAAUCUCAUUAUCCGGUAUAGUUCAUAUAGCUUGUGUUUACUUGAAAUUGGGCCUCAACUUGUUGUAUGUAUAUUUGAUAAAGUUGGAUUCCUAGUUUUUGUUCA